AUGGAUCCCCAACUCAAGGCCAUCCUCGACGAGAUCUACAAGUCCAAAGAGGAUUUCAAUCGCCGAUUCGACGCCCACGACGAGCAGUGGAAGGGCCGGUUCGCCGAUCUCGACCGCGCCGCCGCCGUCGACAAGCGCUUCGACGCCCUUGAGUCCACGUGCUCCGACCUCGCCUUCGACGUCGGCAAGAGGGUCGCCGAUCUGGAAGCUAUUCGCGGUGGUAAACUCCUCCCCGACAGCUCCGACCGCGUUACGGCUCUCGAGGUCGCCACCACGGAUCUCGGUACCUGGCGCCCGGAGAUCGAGGCCCUCGUGGAUGAUCUGAAGCUCGAGGUGAAGAAGCUCUCCCAGCCUCCUGACCGCAAGGUGUUCGACGCCCAGCCGCAGUGGCCCAGCGUUGCACUUCCUUCUUCCUCGACGUCCUCCCGUGCGCUCGCCGGUGCGCCCGUCGAAUCGCCUAGUGGGCACGGCACUGCAUCAUCUCACCGGGACGUUGGGUUUGGGUCAGUCAUGACCUGGACGAAUGUCCCGGGCAAUGCUGCUUGCUGGUAUGAGUCCAUCGAUAAUACACCGGCCAUCGCUACCUGGACCACAUUCUGUCAAUCUCUCCAUGAUCGCUUUGAUCAUGACCAACAUGAGGCCUUCAUUCGCCAGCUCUUCCAAAUUAAACAAACCUCUACUAUCACCGAUUAUGUUGAGCGUUUCACCAAACUCGUCGAUCAGCUUAAGGCCUAUUCUGCUACUACCGAUCCACUCUUUUAUACUAUGCGCUUCGUUGAUGGCCUCCGCCCUGAGCUCAAAGCUAUUAUUCUUGUUUCCAAACCCAAAAGCUUGGAUGCUGCUAUUUCUAUGGCAUUGGUGCAGGAGGAGGUGGCCACGGUGCCGACGUCUCGCGCGUCGUCCCCGAUCGAUUGGACAUCGUCCAACAAGUUUAUCCCCAAGACGGCGUUGCCAUUGCCACUUCCACCACGGCCUGACAAGCCGCCGGCCCCUACUGCAGCAACACCGACACAAGCUACGAUGUCUGCUGAUGCUAAGUUGGCCGCCGUCAAAACAUAUCGCCGCGCCAUGGGUCUCUAUUACAAGUGUGGCGCCAAGUGGAGCAAGGACCACAAGUGUAAUCCUCAGGUUCAGCUCCAUGUUGUCCAGGAAUUGUGGGAUCUCCUUCAAGAUGAAGACUCCAGUGAUACAGCUACUCCUGCCGAUUCUGAACCUCAGGCUUUCAUGGCUCUAUCACAAUGUGCCCUCACUGGCAGCUCUGCUCCUCGUACCGUUCAGUUCUCAGGCACAGUUCAAGGCCUUCCAGUGCAUAUCUUGCUCGAUUCCAGCAGUUCCACUUCCUUCAUCAGCGAGUCAAUGGCAACUCAGCUUAGCCGGGUGUCUGUCAAGCAGUCUCCGUGCACUGUUCGUAUUGCUGGUGGUGGUACUCUCACAAGUUCAGUUAUUCUGCUAGCGGUUCAGUGGUCUAUUGGUCAAGUUGCUUUCACCUCUGACCUUCGAGUCCUUCCACUAACUGCAUUUGAUGUGAUUAUUGGAAUGGAUUGGUUAGAAUCAUUCAGUCCUAUGCAGGUUCACUGGCAACUUAAACGGUUGGUCAUUCCUUAUAAGGGCAGCACUGUUAUUUUGCAAGGCGAGUCUGUGGAUGCUCCAAGCCAGUUGUUUUUACAAGUCUGCAGUAUGGACAGUACACCUGACACCUUCUCAUCUGCCGGUCUUCCUCCUGAAAUAUAG